AGGCUCAGGUGAUUUCUGAGUACACAAUGAUAAUAGCUUACUGAUGCAACAUAUUUCUACCGAGACUUAUUUCUUCAGGUUAUUUUGGUAAAUUUUAAAUAUUCCAAGCAGCUUGAUCAUCAAGGGUUCCGUUUGAAGCUCUAAAUACAGUGCCCGGUCUCGCUUAUCUUCAAACGGUCACGAACAUCUUGGGUAAAUCUUACGUCUGGUGGCACAACUGGGCCACAGCCGAAUAUAGCCCGGCCCGUGUCUAAAUUAAGUGUCCAGUAUGAACAGUGAGUGCUUCGGACUGGCCGAGAGGCUAGUGGACAGGACGUACGUGCAGCAGGCGCUCCAGGCCAAGCAGGCACUGACCAACCAGAUCAGGGCCUUACUGGAACAUAGGAAGUGGCCUGAGGAGGGUUGGGACGAGGCGACCAUCGAGCUCCUGCUGCAUGAGCUGGCCCUGAUGGACAGUAACAACUUCCCGGGGAACUGUGGGGUGGGGGAGCGCGAGGCACGGGUGGCCUCAGGCCUGGUGGACAGGAGGCACUUCAGACUUGGCCACGGCAUUGGCAGAUCAGGAGACAUCUCUGCCAUCCAGCCCAAGGCGGCUGGUUCCAGUCUACUCAACAGGCUGGCCAACAUAUUUGCUCUGGACGUCAUCAAACUGGCAGGUGUCAGAGCAGCAGCUGCAUGUGUGCUGGUUCCCAUGGCAACAGGGAUGAGCAUCGUUUUGUGUCUGCUGACCCUCCGUCACCAGCAUCCGCAGGCCAAGUAUGUCCUCUGGCCACGGAUAGACCAGAAGUCCUGCUUUAAGGCCAUCAAAACUGCAGGUUUUGAGGCUGUAGUGAUAGAGAACAGACUGGAGGGUGAUGAGCUGAGGACAGACCUGGCAGCUGUGGAGGACAAACUACAGGAGUUAGGGGCAGACAACGUUCUCUGUGUGUACUCAACAACCAGCUGCUUUGCACCAAGGGUACCUGACAGAUUGGAGGAACUCGCUGUUCUGUGUAAGAAGUAUGAUGUACCUCAUGUGAUCAACAAUGCCUAUGGUGUCCAGUCAUCCAAAUGUAUGCACCUCAUACAGCAGGCUUGUAGGGUAGGGAGAGUUGAUGCUUUCAUCCAGAGCACUGAUAAAAACUUCAUGGUGCCAGUGGGUGGGUCUAUUAUAGCCGGACCUGAUGAGACAUUCAUCGCUGAGGUCAGCAAAAUGUACCCAGGUCGGGCCUCUGCCUCUCCAUCCAUAGACCUAUUCAUCACUCUGAUGUCACUGGGGAGGAGUGGCUACAAGAAGCUACUGGCAGAGAGAAAGGAAAUGUUCCAGUACUUGUCAGCAGAGCUGUCAAGGGUGGCAGAAGAGAAAGGAGAAAGGCUUCUGAAAACACCUCACAACCCAAUCUCCAUGGCCAUGUCAUUGUCAGGCAGUGCAGCAGGGCAUGUUGGGAAGGAGGUGACCCAGCUAGGAGCCAUGCUGUUCACCAGAUGUGUAUCAGGGACAAGAGUUGUGGCUCCUGGUUCAGACAAGGACAUUGCAGGUCACACGUUCAGGAACUUUGGGGCGCACCAUGACAACUACCCUUGUGCCUACCUGACUGCCGCUGCUGCUGUGGGGAUGACAAAAACAGAUGUAGACCUUUUUAUCAAGAGACUCUGCAAGGUUCUGGGGAAAUCCAAAAAUAGGAGUGAUGAAAGAGUAGGUAGUUCUGGCGCUGCAGGUGAACCAGAGCAACACGACAGUGUUGGGUCGCCAACUGACGGAUUGGAUUGUUCCGAUAAAAGAUAAAUAAUUCCCUCACGUGUCAAUGUAGAAGGCAUUGCAAUGUCCUUGAACUUGCUUUAAUGGAAUUGCGGAUGCGACGUCACCUUUGGCAAUUUACUUGCUAUUUGCUCAUUGCUAGAAGAAAUUUGUAAGGUUCAUGACGUUUUUGUAAAUUGUAUGUAAAUCAAACACCACUUGUCAUCUAAAAACCCAGCUUAUACUGUAAUUGUCGGGUCUUAUUUGUCGUGUAAUACUGUUGCUCGUCACUAGAUAGCGCUUCAAGACUGCCCAAAUACUUGAUCACCUGUCAUCUGUGUGACAUACUAUAAUAUAAUCAUGAUCAGUUGUCACCAGGGGGCACUUUUGUACCAUCCAGCAGAGAACAGCAUGUCACAUAUUUGUUAUGAAGUUAUCUUGAGAUGUUUACACAAUUCAUGCUAGUAAAUUGACGUAAAUUGUCAAUUACUG